ACAUUAUGAUCUCACGGCUUCUCUGCGCUCAUUUCCGAAGUGGCCAUGCAGAGGCUACGGCGCUGCACCUUCUGGAGAGAGAGGGGGGGAGAAUAACGACGAUACAAACAUAAUGGAUUUAUGGAUUAAUGAAUGCAUGCGACUUAUCGGUCCUCUCCGCUGCAAUAUGUCGCCGUAACUGGCUGAAGACAUUACUUCAUGGCUUUUCGGCUGAAGAAGACCAGAAGCUUUCCCUGUCCGUCUCAGGCCCUGAGUGUAUGUGAAACUGUGGUAUCUUCUGUCUUCAGAUUUUAAGGCGAAACGCUUGCUAGCAACAAAUUCUGUUUCCUUGGAAUAAAGAAACCAGCGUUGCAGCUCAAUACGAUGGCCCCGAUUGGUACUGUGACCAUCCCCACCUUACCGAGCAUACCUUCUGCCGUUAACACCUUGAGAGGUGACACCUCGCGUGACCUUGGUGUAAUUUUAUAGUUUUGUAGUUUUAUCAGUCAUCUAAGCUAACCUUGGCAUAGCAUUGAUUCAAAAACCGCAGCACAAAUGUUGCUACUUUCGUUUUGGACUAUGCUCACUGGAGGUGACUGUGGACCACUGAAACUGAGAUAAGCUCUGUCCCGGAAAAUAUUAAUUGUGCGCACAUCCUUCGAUUAUAUCUGGUGCCGUGUUGAGAACCCGGAAGUACAAUGCGGAUCAGCUUCUGCCAGGGCCUCCUGACUGGGGCUAUCGCUUUGAACCUCCUGAUUCUGUACUAUGUAUCCCGGGCCCAACAGCAAAUGAUGGAGAAGCGGCGGGAUUCUGGGAAGCCGCCUCCCAAAAAAACCCCCCUUCCGGUGUCGGGGCUCGGGGCCGCCGGAGGACUGGCUGGGCCUGUGGGGGGUGGGGCCGGUGGGGCCGGAAACGGGCGUAACCCCCGGGUGACAGUGCUGGUGCGCGAGUUUGAGGACUUCGAGAACUAUGUGGGUGACGUGGCCCGCUCGUUCCUGCAGCGGAGACCCGAGGUGCCCUUCCUGGCGGUGGCCGACCUUGUGCCCUACCCGCCGCUGGCUCUGCCGGAGUCGGCUCGCCUCCUGGUGCUGUCCCCCAGCCCCGAUCAGCCCCCACAGGCUCACCGGCCGGAGUUCCACGUUCAGACCGAGUACGUGCUGCUGGUGCCAGAUGGCGUGGAGCUGGAGCAGGGCCGGCAGCUGGAGCGGCUCAUCCGAGAGCUGGAGGGAGAAGGGGGUGGCCCUGUGCGCCUAGUGGCCACCCCGGUACUGGCCCGCUCUGCCGUGCAGUGCCUGCACCUCCGAGUCAGCUUAAGGGAGUGGACAGUGACCUACACCCCAGCCGCCUCGGGCAGCAGCGGCAGCGUCUGCACGGCCCUGCGGGGGGACGCGGUGAUCCUGAUGCGCUCCGAGGAUCUCUUCAACUUGUCGAGCCCGCUAGCCCGCCCCCUGCUGGCUUCCCUCUUUAUACAGACCUCCCUGCGCGGCUGGAAGGUGAAGCUCUUGGAGGGGCCCUGCUUCGCCGCCAGUCACCGCCCCCUCUUCAGCUCUGCCCACAACCAAUGGAAAGCGGACAGCAGGCAGCGGGAGGCGACCGGCCGACUCAUGCGCGACUUCGGCAUCAAGCGCCUCGUCCAGCCGGAUGGGAAGGAGCAGUGGUUCGGCUGUGGCAAGGAGACCGCCCGCUGCUUCGGCACGGUCAAAGACGACACGCCCGAGUACCUCUACUUGGAGCGCUGGACGCCGCCCUGCUGCUUGCGUGCCCUGCGCGAGACCACCAAGUACGUCAUCAACAUCUUGGAGACGGCGGGGGUGCGCUAUUGGCUGGAAGGCGGAAGCCUCCUGGGAGCGGCCCGCCACCAGGAUGUCAUCCCGUGGGACUACGACGUUGACCUCGGCAUCUACCUGGAGGACGUGCCCAACUGCGAGUACCUAAAAAACCUGGACGCCGGCUCGUUGGUGGACGCCAACGGGUACGUGUGGGAGCGGGCGGUAGAGGGGGAUUUUUACCGGGUGCAGUACAGUGAGUCCAACCACCUGCAUGUGGACCUCUGGCCUUUCUACGCCCGCAACGGUAUCAUGACCAAGGAUACCUGGACGGAGCACAGGCAAGAUGUUGAGUUCCCCGAACACUUCCUCCAGCCCCUGGUACCCAUGCAGUUUGCGGGCAUCACUGCCUAUGGCCCUAACAACCACCGUGCUUUCCUGGAGCUCAAAUUUGGCGAGGGGGUCGUUGAGAACCCUCAAUACCCCAACCCAACGAAAAAGCGACUGGACAGAAGUCGACUUUAAAGGGAGAAAUGGAUGAUGGGGACUUAAGUUGUGCCAAGAUAACAGUCCAUCAUAAAUAAUGAACAUCAUGCGACUUUUAAAGCUUGUUUAUUGAUUUAUCAACUAGAACAGCUUAGCCUGACGCUGGGGAACAAUUCACGUCAUCGCUGCAGCCCCCACAGAGUAAUUCCAUAGAUCUUGCACUCAUGCGAAUAUGCAUCAGCCGGUCCUCCGACUCUCAGUUCUGCUAUUAUGGUCACACAUAUUGUAGGAUACUGCCACUGUAUUUAUUGUCUGAAGAAUAACAGCCAUAUGAUUUGCAGCUCCCUAAAGGACCAUUUCUCAAUGUAUGGCAAGGCUGGGCUUUCACAUAUGAUCAUGUACUCUGUCCAUGACUGGAGUAUACGAUAGACAGGAUAGCAUAGCCACAACUCAAUUAUGUGCUCACAGUACAAGGGAAUGGAGCCGUCGGCUUAUAUUUAUAUUUAUUUUAUAUAGCUACACGUGUAGCUACCUGUGGAUCCCAAACACCUUUGCUUAUGAACUGGAACUGCAGAAUUAUUUACCUGAAAUAAGAAGUAGCAACAUUUGUGUAUGAACUGACUUGGUAGUUCCAAUAAUGCCACUUACAUGUACCGCCCAAAAGCAAAGAAUACUGUGUUUGCGUUGUUGCACUGCUUCACUUUAUUGUUCGGUGUCGCACAAUCGAAACAUGUACUGUAUGUAUAUUUGCACAGUAGGCUAGUUCCCAGUUGCUGGAAACUUAGCUGCCAUCUGUCAGAUGCAAAACUUGAACUGUUUUCAUAGCAUGUCCUUGAACCAGUGUUAGAUGUAAAAUAAUAAUGGCAGGCUCUGAUUGGCCACACAGCCAGUAAAGGUACCACACAUAUGAAAUACUGUAGUUCCUUUUUUUGCUUUUCCUGAAGUGGCAGAUGUAGAUACCUGUCUGGUACAUAUUUUCCACAGCCAAGUCUCAUUCUCACUGUGGGGUGAAUGUGGUGAAGCGCUAAUUGUGCCACGUUGCACAAUGCCACACGUGUAGAUGUUUUAAGACGAUUCUCCUUCGACCACUGUCGUCUUACACCCCUUUCAAAUAAAAAUAAUUGCCUCUGU